CAUACAGCCACGCCUGCUGCUGCACAGACCAUUCCGCUUCUGGAAAGCAGCAUCCCCGUCAAUAAUAACCACGCCAAAACCUCAACCAACAGACUAUCCUUUAAAAAAGAAAAGCCAUCACUGAACGACGAAAAUAAAUAAUAAGAUGUCCCAGCUUCUCCCCCUCGAGCUCAUUGACAAGUGCGUCGGAUCGCGCAUCUGGGUGAUCAUGAAGGGCGACAAAGAAUUCGCCGGCACACUCGUCGGCUUUGACGACUACGUCAACAUGGUUCUGGAGGAUGUCACCGAGUUUGACUACUCGGGUGACCACACCAAGCUGAAGAAGAUUCUCCUAAACGGAAACAACAUCUGCAUGCUGAUACCCGGCGGAGACGGGCCACUGGGCGCAGCUUCGCCAUGAGCAAGCCUCAAAAUGAGCUACGGUCCGGGUAUGGGCCGUGGUGUUUGGGAGGCAAAGGGAGACCAGCCGUAGCCCAAAAGUCAUCAUGUCACGAUGAUACCAAGGAGCUGUUUUACUGUUUUCAUGUUUGGGCUGGAUAAACUAGAGAAUUAGCAAAUUCGCUGAACAGCAGACCCGUGAAUACGAGGCACUCCAUACGUCGAGUGAACCACCUCUACCAAUGCCAACCGUAAACCAAGCCGAGAAGUGUAUUUGCCAGCUGAUCCAGACGCCUGCCAUUCAUGCAUCUGUAGACGUACUAAACAUCUCCAGAAUUCUGUGCUGAAAAAUGACAGAA